CCGACUACAGCUCCAGGCAUGCUUUCACGAAGACUGAGAAUGGACUCAAUCACCCUGGAUACGGAGAUUCUUUGCUCUAAUACUCAAAAGUGGUUUUACUUGCCUUUUUUGGAGUGGAUUGUAAAACGACAGAAUUUCAAGCCGACGCAGAGAAUUUAGGAUUUGUGCAUAGUCGCAUCCUCUCAGGAGAGACGCUGUUUGCGCAAUAUGCCCCAGUAAUUACUCAGAUCGAGACAAGAACGUUUGCUUGGAUCUGUUUGAGUUUUCCGGAUGAGUUAUCAGAAAAAACCUGUCAUGAGGGACAGUUGUGCUCCCUGGCGUUUUUCGUUAUUUGAGCUUCAAAAUCUCGGAUAAAUUGUAUUUUUCGCGCGAAUGUUUACGAGGACUCGCUAUGUUUAAGUUUGUCAGAGAAGGUACGACAUGCUGCAUGGUCAAACUGGGGGAACUGACGGAUAUCGGGAAGCUUUGGCGCUGGAGGUCUACAGUCAGGCAGGUGCCCUGUGAGAUCAGCGGCUGCGCGGAACUGCUUCGCCUCGCCGACUAGAACCGAACCGUCUUGGAAGACUCGUGCCAUGCGGAUUCGGACGUCGGACAGCAGACGGCUCUAAACGUGCGAAGAGGCGACAGUGAUGAGGUCUGCCAUGCAUCUGCGAUGGUUUGUGGUUCCUCUGCUGGUGCAGGCUUGGCUGGCCGCAUGUUUCUGUAACGGCGAGCGCCCGUGUCCUCGGAGCUGCCGUUGCGAUGGUAAGAUCGUUUACUGCGAGUCCAGUGCAUUCCGUGACGUACCAAAAAACCUCUCGGGCGGCUGUCAGGGCCUGUCCCUGCGCUACAACAGUCUCGCCAGCCUACGGCCCGGCCAGUUCGUGGGUCUCAACCAGCUCAUUUGGCUAUAUCUAGACCACAACUACAUUGCUAAUGUGGAUGCUCGCGCCUUUCAAGGAAUACGGAGGCUGAAGGAGUUGAUUUUGAGCUCCAACAAGAUUACCGUCCUGCACAACACCACCUUCCAUCUGGUGCCAAAUCUAAGGAACCUGGAUCUGUCCUACAACAAGCUGCAGGCAUUGCAGCCCGGCCAGUUCCAGGGCCUACGCAAGCUCAUCAGUGUACACAUUCGCUCCAACUCUCUGAAGAACCUCCCAUCUCGCCUGUUCCAGGACUGCCGCAAUCUAGAGUUCCUGGACCUUGGUUAUAACCGACUGCGCAGUAUUACACGCAAUGCUAUGUCAGGCCUCCUGAAGCUCACUGAGUUGCAUCUUGAGCAUAACCAGUUCUCCAAGAUCAACUUCUCCAACUUCCCUCGGCUAUACAACCUCCGUGCCCUCUACUUGCAGUGGAACCGAAUUCGGACCAUGAAUGAGGGCCUCACAUGGACCUGGACCUCCCUGCAGCAGUUGGACCUUUCAGGGAACGAUCUCCAGGAGGUUGAGUCUGAGGUGUACCAGUGCAUGCCAAACCUGCAGAGACUCAACCUGGACUCCAACAAACUGGUGAACGUAUCUCAGGACGCCGUGUCAGCCUGGACAUCAUUGACCACAAUCAGCCUAGCCGGAAACAUGUGGGACUGUGGGCCUGCCAUCUGCCCCCUAGUGUCCUGGCUCAUGAAUUUCUAUGGAAACAAGGAGACUCCCAUGAUCUGUGCCUCGCCCAAGGAGGUUCAGGGGGAGAAGGUUAUGGAUGCAGUGGAAGCCAGCGGAGUGUGCAAGAUGGCACCUGUAACACCCUCAGUUGUUAGUGCUCUGUCUACACUUUCUGGGACCCCUGGUUUGAAUGGUCACAAUCCCAUUACCCCCACACUUCAAUCUGGGGGUAGCAGAAGGGGCAUAUCUUUACAGCACCCCACACCAUCAAGACCUCCUCAGUCAGAUGCCUCUCCACCUGACCUGGAGCCAGUGUCCUUCCACAAGAUAGUUGCAGGGAGUGUGGCCCUGUUUUUGUCAGUUACAAUGAUCUUGCUGGUGAUAUAUGUGUCAUGGAAGCGCUACCCGAGCAGUGUCAAACAGCUGCAGGAAAAUUCAUCCACUGCCCGCAAACGUCGGAAAAAGUCCAGGGAGACUGAACGCACGCUCAGCACCCCUUUGCAGGAGUACUACGUGGACUACAAGCCUUCAAGCUCGGAGGGCACAGAUGUUCUGGUGAAUGGGUCGGGACCUUGCACCUACACCAUCUCUGGCUCUAGAGAAUGUGAGGUCUCUCACCAGAUGAGCGCUCUCACCUUCUACCCCUACGAGCAGCCCGUGGUGGACUACUGCCACGCCCACCAGCCCCUGCGUCUCAACAUGAGCUAUGAGGGGCCGCCACAGGUCCUGGGUGACCUGCCUCUCCGGGAGAGGAGCACCGUCCAGACUGUGGCCCUCCCUGCUGUGCCCCCCUCCAACUCAGGCACCAUCGGGCCGCCCCCAUCACUCGGAGUCCCCGCACAGGGCCCCGGAAUCCCUUACCCCAGCACCGAACGCUCCAGGAACUACCCCUCCACCGAGCGCCCCACCGGCACCCUGACCUUUGGACGCUAAGCCUCGCCAGGCCAGGUGGAGGUAAGAUGCAGAGCUCGGGUGGAGGACCAGGUCCUGCUGUCACUGAUCCAGGAGGACUGAAACUCUGUGGAGGUCAGAGAAGGGUGUCCUGCUCCUCCUGGGAACAGAGAAAGCAAAAACAAAUGAAAAGCCCCGAAAGUGAUGGGGUGGGUGUUGGGGGGCGCUGAGAUUUCUGUGCUCAACACACUCCCAUUCCACUUGGCUACAUGUACAGGGAGACGGGAUUUCAUUCUUGUUUUUCUAUUCACAUAUUUCUUUGUCUUUUUUGUCUGACACUAAUGCAGCUUUUCUUCAUACUGCUCAAUGGCGAAUUAAAAGCCACCAUGACAUGCAUGGCGCGUUAAACAUCGCUUUGGCUUCUACUCUGUGUCCUCUUCACACCAACACAACAGGAUGUCUCCUUCGAAGAGCUAAUAAUGGCAGCUCACUCCCGCUGCGUGGAGAAUGAAAAGGAAUGUGCAAUAAACAUGUUUUUUUUCUGCGAAGCAGGAGUAAAGUCCAGGGAGAGACAAGGGCAACAUGUGAGGAAAGAAGCGAAACAAAUUAAUGUUUAGCAGAGUGCAAAAGACCUCUGGCUGUUAUUCUCAUUUAUGUUACCAGCCGGUGAUUAUAAAUAGUGUCAACUGUUUGAUUUAAAAGAUGUCUGUCUGGACAUUAGCCUAUCAAACCGAAUGGAACUGAAAUAGCUCUGGUCUCCUGACACUGUAAAAGUUUUAAUUAAAGUCUGAGAGGCCAGAUCUUUGUGCUCAGCUCUGGGUCUCCAUGCUGAGCUAUUGCAGUGUGCACAUGUACCAAAGAUCAGGUGUUCCUUUAGAUGGAUGUAAAGUGCAAGUUCCUCAUAUGAGUGGUAGCAAACCUCCAAGCCUACAGAGCUCAUACACAGUAAAGCCCAGACUCCGAACAUCCAGGCAAAUAGGUCAGCUGCCAGCGACUGAACAAGAGGAGGAGAAUCGGCUUGAAAAAAAAUCUUAGGUCUUUCUUCAUUAAAUGUGUCAAGACAGGUGUGUGUGCAUGUGUGUGUGUGUGUGUGUGUGUGUGUGUUUCCCCAGAGUCUGUUUGCAGGUAUAGCCAUUCUUCCCUAAAAGGUUGUUUUGAGUCAUCUUUAAACCAGAAACCAUUGCACCAAUUAUCUGCUGACACUCACUGUAACAAGGUAAAAAUCUCUAAUGAGGAAAAAAGCCAAAAACUUUCAGCAGGAAGAGGUAAAGAAACUGAACAUGCCAUCCUUUACUGGAACCUACAGAGCACGUGCUUCACCUCACUCCAUUCAGUCGGGACAAAGAAGAAGAAAAGAAUUAAAAAGUUCUAUUGGACAUGAACUGUUACCUCAGAAAAAUCCCAGUGCUUGGGUGAUGUGUAGAGACCUUGUGCCCGCAGGGUCUAACCACGCAGUCUGAACCCAAAAGGCUUGUGAUGUGUUUUCCAGCAGUUCUGAGGUCACAGAAUCUUUGGAUAUGUUUAAAUGCAGUUUACAUGUAUCUCCUGUUCCGAUACUUUGCUAAGUUGCUCCUGUGUGCUGCAACGUGUGAUGUAGAGAAGUCCUGUUCCAGCCUCCAGCACUGACCACGCACUCAGCUGCCAGUGAUUCACAUUCUUCUCUGUAUGUUUGUUUUUAUAAACUGUAAAUGGACUCACAACAUAAAGAAAGAAUCCUGGGAAAACUGCCUGUAAGCCUGGAUGUGUCCCUGUGCGUUUGGACUCAGCAUGGAUGCGGCUGUCAUACCUCACUCAGUUCUGGUGUGAGUUUCCUAGAUUGGUUUUGGGGUUGUUGUUUUUUUUCAACACCUUUCAGAUUUGAUCCGGUCAGACGCCAAAGCUCCAGGAGCGAAGCCACGGGCCCGUGUCUCUCCAGAGCCACUGCUGCAGAGAAAGAGAGAGCAAAAACACCACUCUGCCACAUGGACUUAACGCAAUCUCAAACAUGCAAACAGGGGGAGAUGUGACUCAGCAGAUAGGGAAAAAGAUGACUCAGCAGAUAGGGAAAAAAAUGACUCGGCAAGAUAGGGGAAGAGGUGACUCAGCCACCCUAAAAGAGACAAAGACUCCAAGAAAUAUGUUUUCAGACACUGAUGAAUUAACACACAGAUUUAUGAGGACAUGUUUAUUUUGUAAAUAAAGAGAAAAAAGUAAUUUGCUUCUCCUGACAUGUGCACACACACACACACAAGCUGUUGCUCUGCAGAGACUGAUCUUAGAACAGCUUCCAGAGAGACAUUUUGAGAUGAAUAUUUUUCUACUUGUUCCUCAGUUUCCAUGUCAUGGUGUUCAUUGCUGAGUCAUUGUAAAGAUUUAAGAGUUUAUUAUUUUAAUGUUUCUCAUUGUGUCCACACCCUGGUUUCAAACGGGGAACAUGAGCACUGUAUAGC